UUCUAUUCAUUUUUUUCAAUCUACUAAAUCCACUUAUAUUGAUAAUUUAAACUAUAUAUUUAAAAACAGCUAAUACCUUAUAAAAUAUAAUAAUAAUAUGAUCGUGGUCAUGGAUUUCGAAUGCUGACCAAUGCAAGCAUGCAGCUGAUCUUUUCGUAAAUGUUAAAUAUGUAUCGUAUAAGAGAAAGAGUCAAUCGCUAUUUAUUUCGAUUCCAAAAUGUUAAUUUUCAGAUAGCCAAUAUAGUUAGGUAUCUAACUAUCAAUCGUUUGCUGAUAAUAUAAUAUUUUAAGAGGUUAAUGAAAAAAAAAAUAUUACAAAAUAAGUUUCGAAUUUCGUUUCCGCACAGCAUAAUAAUUAUUAUAACAAGUACCUAUAUUAUUAUCCACGGGAAAUGUGUGCUACUGUGACACUUGCGCGUGUAUGUUAGUCAUAAUAUGGGUAUAAUUAUCGUAUGCACUGAUAAAAACUCCACAAAAAAACACCAUACAACUGUAUUACGCGACGUUAACUGUACAGUCGAUGAUUUUAUUCAUAUAUUUUUCUUUGUUUAAAUACGAUUUUGGAACAGUUUAAUUUCAAAAGUUUGACGACAAAAUGAUUUUCAAGCGAAUUUUGAUAUCGAUGAUUGUCAUAAUUUCUUUGAUUCAAUUUAUAACUUCUUUGACGACCACUGAAACUAAACCAAAAGACCCAGCUGUUACUAAUACUGAGGUUAAGCAAAAAGGGCCAGCUAAAUCUAAAUCUGCAACUACAACCACUGACCCGACGGAAGUAGGAAUAAACCCGGACGAAGAUACCGCAAAGAUACCAGAAAAAUCAACAAGCCUACGUCAUAAAUUCAUUAUUAAGCCUCUAAAGUCGAUAGUUUUGCCGUUCCGAUUCUUAUGGGGAAAAUUAAAGAACUUCAUGAAUAAAAGACAAAAUAAAAAUAAAAAAGAAACAGCAAAAUCUGCAGUAUCAGAAUCUAGAGGAGAGUAUGCAGAUGAAAAUAACAAAAUUUAUAAUGCUUAGUAUAUUGUAGUUGAGGAAUGAAUUAUGGUGUAAAUUAAAAUGUAAUUAUACGUUUUGUAA